UUUUCUCUGCCUUUAUUGGCCCUGCAUUCUCCUCUGCUCCCGCCGCAGAACCCUAGCCACCAGCGCUCCAAACUGCAUCCCAUCAAAACCCUAACCACAUCGAUCCAUUUUGCUCUGCGUCGCCUCCCCUAGUCCCCGACAUGGACAGAUACCAGAAGGUGGAGAAGCCCCGGCCUGAGUCGACCAUCAAUGAGAACGAGAUUCGAAUCACUGGCCAGGGUGUCAUCCGAAACUACGUCAGCUAUGCCACGAGUCUACUCCAGGAGAAACAUAUAAGGGAGAUUGUCUUAAAGGCAAUGGGGCAAGCAAUAAGCAAAGCCGUAGCUAUCGCAGAAAUUAUAAAGAAAAGAAUGCCUGGGCUAUAUCAGGAAACACAAAUCAGUUCAGUUAGCAUCACUGACGUUUGGGAACCAAUUGAAGAGGGCCUUGUGCCUUUGGAGAUGACACGACAUGUUUCAAUGAUUUCAAUCUCUUUGUCAACCAGAGAGCUUAACAAGAAUUCCCCUGGGUAUCAAGCUCCCUCGCAUCUAGAACAACCAAGGCACCAGCAAAGAUACCAACAACGGCAACUGUCUCAACCACAACAACAACUUCAAUCAAACCAAGCACCAGGUCAGCUUAGUGAAGAUUCUUAUGCUCAACGGGGAAGAGGAAGGGGUAGAAGUAGAGGGAGAGGGUGGGGAAGAGGAUAUGGUGGUGGUGGUUAUGGUGGAUAUGACAACAAUCAAGGUCGAUAUGCUGGUUACGGAGGAAGCAAUCAGGGUGGAUAUGGUGGUUAUGGAGGAAACAAUCAGGGUGGAUAUGGUGGUUAUGGAUACAACCAAGGUGGAUACAGCCACAACCAAGAUAAUGGUGGUUGGAACUCUAAUUGGGGUCGAGGUGGAGGGCGUGGUAGAGGCAAUUGGAGUUAUCGUGGUGGAGCAUAUGGUGGAGGCCGAAUGCCUGGUGGAAGGGCCGGUGGGAGGGGUUAUGGAAAUGGCCGAGGAAGGAUGACGGGUGGUGGACGAGGUAGGAUGGGUGGUCGGAGAGGGAGCCAGUUUUGAUGUCCUAAUCGUGUUUUCCACAUAUCCCUCCUUUUGCUCUGUUAAUGUAGGAAAAGGAAUUGUUGUUUUUGUGCGUCUUAACUGUGUUAAGGUUGAGCAAUUACAACAAAAUCGCGUGUGCUUUCAAGGCAAGGAGUUUAUUGCUCAUUUUAAUUCUCUAUUUCCCAUAAUCAUGGAGUUUGUGCUGUAAGUUGCUCCAUAUCUUUGUUCAUAUAACUCGUCUAUUUGAUAGUUCUAGUACUCAUAGAAUGAGUUUUGUGUCUAUUAAA